AUAUAUAUAUAUAUAUAUAUAUAUAUCCGAACUUCCCGUCUGAUAUUGUAUUACCCAAUACUCCGUACACAAUUUUCGUACAUAUCAAUUCCAACCUUGAAAUCUCCGCCCCGACCCAAAACCACGAAAGAAACAAAGAAAGAAGGAAAAAAAGAAAUAAACCAUGCCCCCAAAAUCCAAAACCAAAAAAGACACCCAACCCUCCCAAUCUACCCCCAAACCCAACUGGCCACCCCUCCGCCCCCUAAUCCCCUCAUCCGACCUCACCCUCGACCCCCUCCUCCCUGACCAAAUCUACCUAAUCCCAAACUUCUUCACCGCAAACCUCUGCAAAGCCUACGUCUCAUUCCUCGCCACGUUACCCUUGACCACCACACCCGGGAAACCGAAAAAGGGUGAAGCGGUCCGCGUCAACGAUCGGUUCCAGAUCCAAGAUGAGCGGUUGGCGGAGUCGUUGUGGAGCGAGACGGCGCUGAAGGAUCUGGUGAUGGACGGUCAUGGGAAGAGGUCUAUGAAGGAAACCUGGGGCGGAGAGCCUUUGGGAUUGAAUGGUAAUAUUCGGAUUUAUCGGUAUUCGAAGGGGCAGUUUUUUGCGCAACAUUAUGAUGAUUCUAAUACCCUCACUUUCUCGUCCCCUGCACAUCCAUCCCAGACUGCUCGCACCACAUGGACUCUUCUCAUCUACUUGACUACCUGCACGGGAGGUGAGACGAUUUUCUAUCCGGAAUCCACGCGCGGGAAUCGCAACCCCGACCCAAUUUCAGUGGCCCCAGUCACGGGUAUGGCGCUACUGCAUCGGCAUGGCGACAGAUGUCUCCUACAUGAGGGGAACGAGGUUUCGGGCGGCGAAAAAUGGGUGUUGCGGAGUGAUUUGGUUGUCCGAUGAUGGUUUUAUAAGACCGUACGUGCUAUUCUACUUCAUUUGUAUGUGCCUCAUGCCAUGGAUAGC